UGACAGGAUAAGAUGUACAGAGAGCUACCUGAACUGAUAUAUAUGAGCACAAGGGAAUUUCAUACAGACAACACCACUUAGCUAACAUAUCCUCUCAACACUAGCAGCUACAAAUAAAUAUUGUACUUGUAAAAAAACAUAACAUAUCCCUCAAGAAACAAAGGGUACUUGCCAAAGAAAAGAAAACAAUAAUGGAACCAACAACAACAACAGUGGUGAAGGCUAUUCCAAUUCCAAACUCAUCAUCACCACCACCAACCAUCAUCAUGAGAAGAGACAGAGAUGCUUCUUUCUCUUCUUAUCUCAAACCACAUCAUCUUCUGCAUCAUAACCAUCAAAUUGAUGAUCUUGAUGAUGAUGAUGAAUCCACCACUGAGCUCAGCAUUUUCGAUGCACACAAGUACUUCAACAGCGAAGAUAAUAAUAACAAUAAUAAUGAGAUCCCAAAUAAAGUUACCAUCAUCAGCAACAACAGAGUCUCUCCUCUCUCCAACAUCCCCACUCAUGAUGACACCACCAUUGCUCCAGAGAAAGCCGUUAACACAGUAGGAACUACCGCCACCGCCACCAGAUACUCCUCCGCUUCAUCCUCCGUGGACGGUGGUGGCUACAGAGCAAGAUCGUUGAACGGCACAGCAACACCAUCAGAAGCCAGCUGGAACAGCCAGGCAGGUUUGCUCUCUCACACUAACAACUCCGGCGGCGGCGGUGCUGCAACCCAACCUUCCUUGAGAGACUCCAACGGUCUCAACAAGAAGCUCAAGGACUCACUAUCCAAACCGAUUUGGAUCUUGAGAAGAAAAUGCCCAUGCAGAGGGAAAAAAUCAGUGCAAGUUAAAGAAUACACCACAAAAGUUCCACAACCACCACCACAACCGGAGCCAGAACCGUUAAUUAUAAACACUGUGUCAGUAGCGGCAGCGAAGAACCCUAAGAGUGUUUCGCUCAUUGCACCAAACAAGAAUUGGGUUGCAGAAAACGUCGUAACCGCAACAAACUCCAAUUCAAGUUCUAAGAGAUUUCAUACACACCGAGUUGUAGCGUCAACAUCACUGGCGAUGGUACCAUUUAGCGAUGGAUUCACUUUCCCGGUUCUGAACGCGAAACCGCACCCUCGAAACGGCGUCGUUUCACCCCAAGAAGGAGGAGAUAAGGAGGACGACCAACUGCCACGUGAUUCGUUGGAGGUUUUCCAACCGCCUGACGACGUAGAGCCGACCUCGGAUUCUCCUGAGGGGAUAGCCGUUGGAGGAGGCGGAGAUGGCGAUGAGGAUGAAGUUGACGAUGGCGCCAGCGAUGCGAGCUCCGAUCUGUUCGAGAUCGAGAGCUUCUCCACCGGCGGCGCCAUGCAACCUACGUGUCCCGUUGUGUUCCGUCGCGAGCCUUGCAACAGUGGCGGAAACGGCUUCUUUUACGGCGGAGGAGGUGGUCGGCGGAGGAGCAUGG